AUGGCCGCCGCCCACACGCACUCGGCCCCCGCGCCCUCGGACCGCCGUACUGAGGGUCGCGCUGGAUCCCGCCGUAUUUUCCCACCGCAGUUCAAGCUACAAGUUCUCGACGCAUACAGACGCGAUACUCAGUGUCGCGGGAAUCAACGUGCAACUGCCAGAAAAUUCGGUAUCCACCGCCGCCAGAUACAAAAAUGGCUUCAAGCUGAACCGGCACUCCGAGCCGCACUUCUGAGGCGAGCUCCCCAGCCAGCUCCCUCGCCGCCACCCUACUCCGUCGGGUCCCCGGAGAGUGCGCGCCUUCCAUCGCCUCCGCCUGCAACAACCGCCUUACCCACCGUCGUUCAAGUGCCUACACCCCUGGCAGCACCGGUACCGGUGAUGCCACCGUCGACGGAACCCAUAGACUUAUCGGUUCGCCGUCUCUCCCCAGCGCCUACGCAAGUUUUGUCGUACGCGCCACCUACGGUCCCUGAGCAACCUCAACCACGCAAGCCCUUCAAACUGUUCAGGCCUUACCUGUUGGGAGAGGAAGAAGAGAAGCGGCCUGCGCUGGCGUCGCUGCCCGUGCUGAGUGGUGUGCACGUGUCCGCGUUCGUGCCCGUGCAGAGCGCGGCGGGUUGCGCGCUGGCCGCGUGCGCGCCGCGUUGGUGCACUCCUGCGCCUUCCUUCCCGGCCCCGCUCAGA